AUAAUUAUAAUUAUGGCUAAUGGAGAUGUUUAUACUGGUUUAAGGGCAUUUCGAGUAAAAUUUGUAUUAACGCGUCACUUACGAAAAUUUUAUAUCCGCCAAGUUGAUGGCGUAAAUGUAAACAAACAAAUCAUACCAUAAGUAUUUAAGAAAUAUCUACUGUUUUACAUGAAUCUUCAUAAACAGAUGUAAUGGCUACCCAAGAAUGGAUGUCUCAAGAUUUAAGGCAAAUGAUUAUUCAGCAAAUUGAAGACACCUACAAAAAUUUUGGGAAUCCAAUUGGCAAAACAAGUCAUGAAUUGGAGGUUUCAAUUAUGGAAAAAGCUCAGUCUAGAGAUGAUUAUAUACGGAUGGCUGCGCAUUUGAUUUUGGGUAUUAAAGAAAUGACUAACAGUCAAAUGGUUACAACUAAUUCAAAUAACCAGCUUGUUCAGCAACAAAUGCAGAAUCAAACAUUGAGGCCCAAUUCUAUCAUGGUUCCUGUCAUGACACAGCAAGUACUUCAGAAUGUUCAAGAAAACCCUUCAUCCCAAGUUUUGAAUCAAAUAAAUGGUCAUGGUCAAGCAAUACAAGUUACAUUACAAGGUGGGCAAAUCAUCAAUCAGCAAGUUGGACAAAAUUUCCAAAUGCAGCAGCAAAGACAAAUUCAACAGCAAACUAAUCUUAAUUCAUUAAAUAUGAUAGUGACUUCGUCUGUGCCAAAUGUAUCAUCCCAGCAAGGUCUACAUGCUUCCCAACAAGAAAUUCCACAGCAGCAUUUCCAGUUGGUUAGUCAUCAUCAGCUUCAACAACCUCAACAAACUCAACAGCACCAGAUACAGCAAUCUCAGCAAACUCAACAACUUCAGCUCCAGCAAACUCAACCAACUCAACUAAGUCAACAACAACUUCAACAACUUCACCAAAUUCAAAUGCACAAGAAACAGCAACAGCAUCAGCAGCAACAAAAGAUGCAACAACAACAACAACAACAACAACAACAAAUACAACAGCUCCAAAUGCAACAAAUCCAACAUCAACAGCAAAUUCACCAGCAACAACUCCAAAAUCUUCAAAGUGGAGUGUCCAGUCAAACAAAUAAUUUUUUACCACCAGCUAAAGCAACAACUUUUAUGCCAAUACAACACCAAAAACAACCUCAUCCAUCUCCAUCCAAUGUUAUUUUUGUUUCAUCACCUCAGCAAGCAACCCAUCAACAACCAUCACCUUCUCCAGCGCUGCAGUCUGCACCUUCACCAGCAUUCACUAAUCCUCCCUCAGUUGGUCCAGCAACAAGUCCACCUCAACAAGCAGAUGAUCAGGCGUACAUAGAAAAGUUAAAAGAGCUAAGCAAGUAUGUUAGUCCACUGACUGAAACUCUUGCUAUGAUGCAGAAGGGAGAAGAACACAAAAAAGGGCGCGACAAGAUGGCCGGUCUUUUAGACGUCAUUACAAAUAAAAAUAGGAGAGUUUCUACAAAUAUGUUGCAUAAAUGUGAAUUUGCUCUUAAGAGGUUGUUCCCUGAAGCUGACACCACAAAUAGUCAAAUACCUGAUACAACAACUGUUGAAUCUAUUCCAACACCUGUUGCUAAAUUACCAAGUACAUUUCCCAUUAAAGAAGUAGUAACAACAAUGAUAACCUCAGCGCAUUUAAUGAGUGAGGCCCGUCAAAAUAUAAUGCCAGGAAUUAUAGCACUGAAUACUCCGAUGAUAUGUCCACCUCCACUUUUUAAGCGUUCUUGUAAACGCAAUCAGCAGAAAAGAAAGUCAUUGUUACCUCAUUCAUUGCAGAUGGAGGUAGCUAAACUUCAACAAUUUUUUCAAAUAAGACUGGAUUCAACUCAAACUGCAGACAGUGCUGGUGUUACAUUAAUAUGUCGUCUAAAAAACAGUCGAGACAACAUAUGUAUUUUUAUUCGUGUUUCAAGUAACUAUCCACAUGAGGAACCAAGUUUUUAUGUAAUGGACUCAGAAGACUCAACAAAAGCGUCUCGUACUCAAAAUAAUACUCAGUUAAAAUUAUCACGCCUUAUAAAUAAAAGAACCUUUUCUGCUAUUCUUUAUUCCUGGGAGAAAAGUAUGGAAGAAACAUGUUAACCUGCAAAAAUCAUUAAUUUUUUUUUAUAAAAAAAGUACCUAUUUUGUGAUAUUGUUUAUUGAUAUCUCUUGUGAAUUGAUUCUAUAUUUGACUUUUUCAAAGAAAAAAUGAGUUUUUUA